AUGGAGCCCGUCAGCUUUGCUGUCGGAAUUAUAGGACUCGCGGGUCUCUUUAGUACUUGUUUGGAGGCCGUUGCAAGAUUCGAUUCAUGGAAAGAGUACGAUUCCGAGUUUGGUUCUCUUGUUGCCCAAUUUAAAGCCCAAAAGCUUCGACUGAUAAGGUGGGGUCUGGCCGUGGGCCUGGAAGACGACGAAAUAUCAUAUGAGCACAACCCUCUUCUUGAUGAUCCAAAGAUUGAGUCAACAAUUAAAGAUCUCCUCUCGGCAAUCAAUGCUGUUUGCCGUGAUGAAGAUAAAGCGUUCUUGACGCCAAUGCUAGGGAAAGAUGAAAACCCCACCAAAGACCAACUAACUCCUCGCCAUGCUCCCCGUGAAUCCAAACGCCAGAGACUUGGCUGGGUGCUGAGAACCAAAGCUAAGCGAGUCGCCCAAGUUGACCAUUUCUCCAAAUUGGUAGAAACUCUUCAUGACUUGAUACCAAUCGAGGACCCAAAGGGGCACAAGGGCAGAAAGCCCACCGGUGACAAAGUGUCGGAGGCAGAUGCAUGGCAAACCGAGCUCAAAAAUAUCUUGAAGAGCAUAGAGACUCAGAUCGAAGGUCAUACCUACCCCAUUAUCCACUCAUAG